AUGAUAUCAACUAAGAAGGGCCAAUGCCUUGAAGCUGGCGAGGCGGCUCAAGAGGAGCGGCGACGUCUCAGAAUCAAGCCCAAGACCCUGAUUAUAAGCGCUCUUUUGAUGAUCGCGUCUUUUGCCCUGCUUCAUCGGCCAAUCUCUCAUUGCUACCAUCGCGUUUCACAUCAUGCCCAUAAAUCGCGUUCUGCGAAUGAGAGAGCUCGUGUCGUUCUAUCAAAGACUCCGUUGAUUGAUGGCCAUGUCGACCUCGCUGUGCUCAUUCGUGUCAUGUAUAAAAAUCAGAUUGACAACGAUGAUUGGAAGCAUAACUUUGCCAACGGGCCAUUCCCUGGGGAUCUUGAUAUCAAGCGCUUGAGAGAGGGCUUGUCUGGCGGCGCUUUCUGGAGCGUAUACAGCCCCUGUCCUCAAAAUGGCACCGAUCUCUCAGAUGAGAAUGAGUGGAAAGCCGUUCAAUUCACAUAUGACCAAAUUGACCUCACUAAUAGAAUACAUGACCUGUUUCCCGAUGACUUUUCUCCCUCUCAAGGCAUCACCGUCGAUACUGCCAUAUCCGCAUUUCAUCAAGGCAAGCUAAUUUCACCAAUUGGCGUUGAAGGCCUCCACCAGAUCGGCAACAAAAUUUCAAAUCUACGACGAUUUCACGCCAUGGGUGCACGCUAUAUUACCUUGAGCCACAACUGUCAUAACAAGUUUGCCGACGCUGCCCUUGAAGAAAAUCCCAUGAGGAAAGCAACUCCUCUCCAUAAUGGUGUCAGUCUCGAGGGCCGAAAGUUGAUCAACGAGAUGAACCGUGUGGGUUUGAUAGUAGACCUUUCUCAUACUAGCGAACAAACAAUGGUGGACAUACUAGGAGGCAGCGAAGGCUGGGCUGGCUCCAAGGCACCAGUAAUGUAUUCUCAUAGUUCAGCCUUUGCUAUUUGCCCCCACCCACGCAAUGUUCCAGACCAUGUAUUGGAGCUUGUCAAGGCUCGCAACUCGGUUGUUCUUGUCAACAUUGCUCCCGACUUCAUCGCUUGCAGGGACGUCGGGGCUGAGAAUGGGCUUCCAAUUACAGUCCCUGAAGAGAGUGACCUGGGACGGGUCGUUGAACAUAUCAUGUACAUUGGCGACCUUAUUGGGUACGACCAUGUUGGCAUCGGAACCGACUUGGAUGGUAUCCCAAGUCGCCCUACAGGUUUUGAGGAUGUUACCAAAUACCCGGACCUAGUUGCCGAGUUACUUCGACGUGGCGUCAGCGAGACCGACGCCGGCAAAAUUGUGGGUGGUAACAUUCUGCGUGUUUGGAGGGAUGUCGAAAAGGUCGCUGCCAAAAUGCAAGCGGCUGGGGAACCUGCUCUAGAAGAUCCGGAUGGCUACGAGCAUUAUUAG